CGGGGACCCCGGGCUGCGGCCACUCGGCCCGGAGGCCCCCCGCGCCCUCGGCCCCAGCGCAGAUGCGAACCCGCGCUCUCAAUCCCGAGGCGAGGCUCCAAGGUCCUACAGGUAUGGAUCUCUGGAAGCUGCUGUUGACCUUGGCAGUGGCUGGCUCAAGUGAUGCUUUUUCUGGGAGUGAAGCCAUACCAGCUAUCCUUGACAGAGCAUCCCAGAGUCUACAAAGAGUUAAUCCUGGCCCAAUGACAAACUCUUCGGGGAGGCCCCAGUUCACCAAGUGCCGUUCACCUGAACUAGAGACGUUUUCAUGCUACUGGACAGACGGGGUGCAUCACGGUUUCGGGAGCCCAGGCGCCGUGCAGCUGUUUUACAUUAGAAGGAACACUCAAGAAUGGACUCAAGAAUGGAAAGAAUGCCCUGAUUACGUCUCUGCGGGAGAAAACAGCUGUUACUUUAACACAUCGUAUACCUCCAUCUGGGUGCCCUACUGCAUCAAGCUCACUAACAAUGGUGGUACUGUGGAUCAAAAGUGCUUCUCUGUUGAGGAAAUAGUACAACCAGAUCCACCCACCAGCCUCAACUGGACUUUGCUGAACACCAGCCUGACGGGGAUUCACGCGGAUAUCCAGGUGAGAUGGGAGCCACCAUCCAACGCAGAUGUUCAGAAAGGCUGGAUCGUCCUGGAGUACGAGCUGCAAUACAAAGAGAUAAACGAGACCCAGUGGAAAAUGAUGGACCCUGUGUUGUCAACAUCCGUUCCAGUGUACUCACUGAGACUGGAUAAAGAGUAUGAAGUGCGCGUGAGAUGCAGACAACGAAACUCAGAAAAGUAUGGCGAGUUCAGUGAGGUACUCUAUGUGACACUUCCUCAGAUGAGCCCAGUGCCCUGUGAAGAAGAUUUCCAGUUUCCGUGGUUCUUAAUUAUUAUUUUUGGAAUGUUUGGGCUGACGGUGAUAUUUUUAUUCAUGUUUUCUAAGCAGCAGAGGAUUAAGAUGCUGAUUCUGCCCCCAGUUCCAGUUCCAAAGAUUAAAGGAAUUGAUCCAGGUCUCUUCAAGGAAGGAAAGUUAGAAGAGGUGAACACAAUCUUAGCCAUCCAUGACAACUACAAGCCUGAGUUCUACAAUGAUGACUCCUGGGUUGAAUUCAUUGAGCUAGACAUUGACGACCCUGAUGAGAAGACUGAAGGGUCGGACACAGACAGACUCCUCAGCCAUGACCAUGAGAAACUACUUAACAUCCUGGGGGCGAAGGAUGACGACUCCGGCCGUACCAGCUGUUAUGACCCUGACAUUCUGGAGGCUGAUCUCCAUGCCAGUGACGUGGGUGACGCUACCUCAGAGGUUGCUCAGCCACAGAGGUUAAAAGGGGAAGCAGAUCUCUUGUGCCUUGACAUGAAGAAUCAAAACAACCCACCUUGUAGGGAUGCGCCCCCUGCGGCUCAGGAGCCCGGUGUUCUCCUGGCAGAGGAAAGCAAAGCAAGACCACUUCUUCUCGGUGACACCGAGGCAACGCACCACGCUGCCCACGCUCCGCUCCACAGUCCGAGUCCACUGGCCAACAUUGACUUUUACGCCCAGGUGAGCGACAUCACACCGGCAGGGAGUGUGGUCCUGUCCCCGGGCCAGAAGAGUAAGGCAGGGACAGCCCAGGGCGACGCGCACCCAGAGGUGGUCCCCUGCCAAGCCAACUUCAUCACGGACAGCGCCUACUUCUGCGAGGCAGACGCCAAAAAGUGCAUCCCGGUGGCCCCUCACGUGGAGGUGGCAGCGCGUGGAGAGCCAAGCUUUAACCAGGAAGACAUUUACAUCACCACGGAAAGCCUUACCACUACUGCCCGGAGGUCUGGGACAGCGGGGCCGGCCCCAGGCCCGGCGAUGCCCGUCCCUGACUAUACCUCCAUCCAUCUAGUCCAGUCUCCGCAGGGCCUGGUCCUCAACGCCACUGCCUUGCCCCGGCCCGACAAGGAGUUCCUCUCGGCGUGCGGCUAUGUGAGCACAGACCAGCUCAACAACAUCAUGCCGUAGCCUUUGAUUUCCCCCGAGCUAAGUAUUUCAUGGCCAAGAGAGGGCCGGGGCAUAAAUGCUUAAACCAAAACCAUGUUUAAAGCUUCUGGGGCGGUGGGGGGGUUCCGGGGGGGGAGAGUGUGGAUUCUAAAUGCCUUUUCCUGAAAUGUUGAAACGUGAUAUUAAAAAAAGAAGAAGAAAAACACUUAAUGAGAUAGAUAUUCCCCUUGUGAAUUGUAAAUACUUCUCAAGAUUCGUCUCCAAGACUGUUUCGUGGCAGUGAUCGUCUUGUUGUUGUGGGUGUUCAUUCUGUGAUGCUGAGCUUCGAGUGGCUGUGUCGUUUAAUGUCACGUGAAUCAUGCUUGCUUUUGAAAAAGUGACAAAUCAGGUGGCUUCUGCAGUUCGGGAAACUCGAAUGCGAAUGAAAGCACAGGCUACCUUUUUUACAUGAUUGGGAGCUAACAUUAUAAGUAAGAGAACAAAAAAAGAUAGUUUGGAUAUGGAAAUUUUAUUUUGACAUAAAACUGAUGAAGAUAUUUUUAGUAAUUUACACUUCAAGCAUGGCUGUUUUUUACGACACUGCCCGCUGUGUCCUGAAGGUCACGGGGACCCAUCUGAAGAAUGUAGCGGCUACAGUCUGAAGCCGACCCAAUGCUUUGGUCCACGCACCUAAUGAAAACAAAUCGACAAGUCCGUUUCUUUACCAAGCCCUUUUGAUACCUCCCCAAACUCCUUGAACACUUCUACAGUGAUUGCAGUUACCCACGUGAUGGGAACAUGCUGGUCUUCGCUGAAUUUUUAAACAAAUACGUGUUCCUGUAGAAAACUUGAAAAUGUUUGCACAGGCCACCUUACCGUGAACCAAAAAAAAACACAAACAAACAGAAACCCCUCCCUUUCCCAAAUUCCGGUUCGUGUCGGAGCACUCCGUAGUAGAAGUAGGACUUAGAGCCGGUCCACACCGAGGAGGGGGAAGAAAACCCUAGCAUCUGGGCAGCGGGCUGCCCUCAGGCACAGCUGGGUUUUCGUCCCCGGGUACCUACGAAGGGAAGAGGUACGGGAAGCACUUUGUAAGUCGAAGCAGGUCGCAAUGAAGCCCACCGCAUCCUGGGGUGAGAAGUGUGAGAAAUAGGUGUUUGUUUCACAGACGAUAGCCAGACACAUCCUCAUUAUUUAUGUGAACGAGAAACAAGGUGUUAAAUCCCCACAGAGAACCCCCAGCUUAUUCGAGCCAAACGCAGAAACCGCCUUCCUCACCAAACCUCGUGUAGGAUUAAUUUAAAAUAGUAAAAGAAGUUUCAUCGUUUUAAUUUCCCCUCUGAGUGCAGUGAUUGGCCUCCUAGCAGGGUGUCUGAAGAAAAGCAAGGGGCCUGAGUAAUUUCUGAAUUAUUGUUCAGUCCCUUAGUAGCCUAAACAUCAUUCUUAGGAGCACUGGGAUGGCUCUCUCAAAACGUUUAUAAAAAAGAGAAGGAUCUUAUCGCAAUGAAGAAUACUUCUCACUUUAAGUAUUUUUUUAAAAGGUGAAUAAAACUUUAAAGUUAGCUUUAACUUCAGUAGUAUUUGCCAUUUAGCUCGGACCUUUUUAGGAAAUAGCCUAAUGGUUGGUAAUUUUAAAUUCCCUCUUUCUCGCAAGGACAGUGAAAAGCUGGAAUUGGGUGUUUAAAGUUCAACAUGUUACUUUGUAAUAGAUGUUUCAUAGAUUUUUCUGCUACCUUGCUGCUAUGGUUUUCGAUAAGAGCUACAUAAUUUAGUUUCAUAUAAAUUUCAUGGACGUAGAACCUAAUUCAACUUAAAACUGUGUGUUUGGGAAAACUAUCUUGCUAUUUCACAAUAGGCUGACAACAUUUCUAUCGCCAAAAAUAGCUAAAUACCUCAAUCAGUCUCAGAAUGUCGUUUUGGUACUUUGCUGGCCACACAAGCCAUUAUUCACUAGUAUGACUAGUUGUGUCCUGCAGUUUAUAUUUAACUUUCUUUAUGUCUGUGGAUUAUUUUCCUUCAAAGUUGAAUAAAUUUAUUUUCUUGGA